ACUGUGGUAAUGUAAAAAUGUCAACAAUCGUUUGACAGCUGUCUCGUGCACUGUGUUUUGUUGCGUGAUUUCUUUCUGCACCCGUUGAAUUCCACAAUUUGUUAAGGUAUUUUUUACUGAAAGUACCGGGGAAAACUUAACACAAACCACGCAACAAAAAUGCUAUCACGAGCGUGUAGACUUGUGUCAAAAAAUUCCCUAAACAGAAGAGUUGUUUGUGUGCAGGAAGCAUUAGCGGCAAACGCAUGCUACCAACCGCGAUCGCGAGAUUAUCACAUUGCGUGCGGAAAUGGGUUGCAUGGGACAGCUAUUAAACCGUCCACGCUGUUAAACACAAGAUUCUCCACAGUCAAACCGAUUACGGCGGCUGUGUUGGUGAGAAACCUCAGCACAGGAGAUGGUGAUAAAACGGACCUGCUGAACACCAUCCCGGAACCACCGGCGAUUCCGCAAGCUGGUGCUCCGGAAAUUGCUGACAUAGUAGCCGGUGCUGAACCAGCGUUUGCUACACUUGGGUUGGGUGGAUGGACACCGGUCGGAAUUGUGCAAAAUUGUAUGGAAUUCCUGCACGUCGGGCUUGACCUACCGUGGUGGGGUUGUAUAGCCAUCGGAACGGUGGUCGUAAGAACGCUGCUGUUCCCGCUCGUCAUUGCGUCACAGCGCAAUGCGGCCAAAAUGAACAAUCACAUGCCGCAGCUGCAGGUGCUACAGAUGAAAAUGACAGAAGCACGCCAGGCGGGGAAUGCUAUCGAUUCGGCCCGUUACGGUCAGGAGAUGGUUCUGUUCAUGAAGGAGAAAAAGCUAAACCCACUGAAAAACAUGCUCGUACCGCUGGCUCAGGCCCCCAUUUUCAUUUCCUUCUUCAUGGGACUGCGCGAAAUGGCUAACACGCCGGUCGAAUCUAUGCGCGAUGGUGGAUUGUUUUGGUUUACGGAUUUAACGAUCUGCGAUCAGUUUUACGCGCUGCCGGUCAUUACCAGUCUUACCCUGUUCGCGACAAUCGAGCUGGGUACGGACAGUGCCCGGAUGUCGGCAGCAAACAUGCAAACGGCCAAGUACAUCCUUCGCGCUUUGCCGUUGUUCAUCUUUCCGUUUACGAUUAACUUCCCGGGAGCGAUCCUGUGCUACUGGGCGUGCAGUAAUUUCUUCUCCCUGCUGCAGGUCGGCUUCCUGCGGAUACCGAAAGUGCGCGAUUUCUUCAAAAUCGAUCGCAUCGUUACACACAGACCGGAAACGCUCCCGAUUAAGAAGAAGGGAUUUACCGAGGGCAUCAAGGAAUCCUGGACAAACAUGAAAAUAAGCAAAGAGCUGGAAGAGCGUGCCCGGGUUGAUGAGAUUCGCUUCCAAAAGGCCGGCAAAGGACCGCUGGUGAAGACGUACAAAUACGAUCCUACUGCACCACGACCAGGAACAGCAUCCAAUGCGGUUAAAGCCAAGAAACGGUAAUGUAAAACCCUCGCCCGACCGCAUCCAGAUCAGCUCCAACACAACUACUACCAACCGUACCAGUGGAGUGUAAAACCAAACCUUUUACAGUAGCUGCAAUAAAAUCGAGACCUUAGAACGGAA